CGGCCGUUAUACUACAAACCAAGAAAACCAUCAUUGUUCGCACCAACCCACCCAACACACGUAGCAAAGCAAGAAACCGCACGGCACGACACUGCCAGUUCCCUGCUUGAAGUGGCGUCCAUAGAUCGGCAUGUCGACGGCGGGAGGCCCGUCAGGGACGACGGCGUCGCAGCACGGGGGCGGCGGCGGGGGGGGGGGGGGGGGGGGGGGGUGCUGCAGCUCCAGCGGGACGCUGGAGCUCGUGGCGGCGUUCACGGCGGUGUGCCUCGCACUCUACGGGGUGAUACUAUACCUCAACUACCUAUACGUACGGUGGAGCGGGCGGGACGGCGUGCAUCGGACGGGAUCCAGCACGGCAGCCGGGCCGGCGAGGAAGAGGGCCGGCGGAGGGGGGCUCGACAAGGCGGCGCUGGCAGCCAUGCCGGUGGUCAGAUUCAAGGCGGAGGCGCGUGGCGACGGCAGCGAGGUAAGGGAGGAGUGCGCGGUGUGCCUGAGCGCCAUGCAGGACGGCGACGCGGUACGCGCCCUGCCCGGGUGCAGGCACGCGUUCCAUGUCGGCUGCGUCGAUGUCUGGCUCUGCGCGCACGCCACCUGCCCCGUCUGCCGCGCGCGCCCUGCUCUCCCGGUUCCGGCAGCGAACGACGGCUCCAGGAGGGCGGAGACGGCCGGACGGGAGCCGGUCCUGGAGAGCCCGGUAUAGCAUGCGUGCGCCACCGCGGAGCUGCCGGUAUGGCUUGAGGUAGUUAGCUGCUGCAUAGGUGUUUGCUUCAUCGCCUUGUCUGCUUGGAAGCGUGUGGAUGGAUGGCUACAGCUGCUUGAUGGUUAUCCACUGAGUACAUAAUUUUUGUGUUAGCUUGCUUCAAUUGGAACUGUGAUCUAUGUGCCAUGGCUUCUAACACUAGUAGAAAAGGGGGCAAUGGUCCAGCCGGUCCAGCCUAUUAGUCCCGGUUCAAUCCAGAACCGGGAUCAAUGGGGCAUUGGACCCGGUUCUUGAGCCCGGGGCCGGCCGGGCCACGUGGGCCAUUGGUCCCGGUUCGGCUGGACCUA